GCUAACUCCAUACUUCAGUUGUUGAGAAAUACUCCGAAUGGAAGAAAAUUUUCACAAUCUCUCUCCCGGUUGAUCUCUGCCUCUCUCCAGCUGCACGCUGACCCACCCGCAUGGCGCAGGGCUCAAGUAACUAACACAGAUGUUCGUGCAUUACCUUUAAGGGAAGCUGCUGUUUUUACAGUGAGAUCUACGAUUCGACACACGCUAAGAUUUCACACCUUUUAUGUUCCUUUUUUCGGGCCUAAGAAACUUUUUCUCUUAACCAUUUCUUUUGCCUGGCAAACCCAAAGCUCCUGCAAGCUGUAACGGAGGAAAUGAGCGAGCAGUAUGAGGUGAGGCUUACAGCAGUCACGAUGCCGCUCCUAACGAGCUAGGGGAGGCAGCGACAGCGCCAAUUCUCCUAGGGGCAGAGCCCAGGAACCUGGCACCGGGAGCGACGUCAGAGCCCUGCGGGCCCAGGAGAAAAAGAAAGGCACUACUUUGCGCUGCCCACCAAUCCCGGAGAGCAGUUCUUCAUGUUCUGCACGCUUGCCGCUUGGCUGAUCAGCAAAGCGGGACAUCCCUUCGAGCAGCCGCAGGAGUACGAUGACCCGAAUGCAGUGAUUUCAAAUGUGCUCUCAGAGCUGCGGUCCUUUGGAAGGCCUGUGGAUUUUCCUCCCUCAAAAUUAAAGACAGGCUGUGGAGAGCAAGUGUGCUAUGUUCUUGAUUGUUUAGCUGAAGAAGCCUUGAAACACACUGGGUUUAGCUGGAAAAGGCCAGCAUACCCAACAGAAGAGCCAGAAGAAGAAGAAAUAACAGAAGAUGAUGCAGAAUUAACACUUAGUAAAUUGGAAGAGGAUGUUGCAGAAGAAGAGUCAGACAAUGAAGAAAAUUAUAUUGACCUGAAUGUUUUAAAGGCACAAACGUACAGCUCAAACAUGAAUGACACUGCAAAGCAAGAAGAGAUUUUACAGUCCACAACAGAUGCAGCAGAAUGGAACCUGGAGGUGGAACGUGUGCUUCCACAGCUGAAAGUCACAGUCAGGACUGACAAUAAGGAUUGGAGGAUUCAUGUAGAUCAAAUGCAUCAGCAUAAGGAGGGAAUUGAUUCUUCUUUGAAAGAAACUAGGGGUUACCUUGACAAACUGCAUAAUGAAAUCAGCAGAACACUGGAAAAGAUCAAUAGCAGGGAAAAGUACAUCAACAAUCAGUUGGAGCACUUGGUUCAAGAAUACCGUUCAGCACAAGCCUUGCUGAGUGAGGCUAAAGAGAAGUACCAGGAGGGAAGUGGAGGAGUAACUGAAAGGAUUAAAGUGCUUUCUGAGAUUACAGAAGCACUAGACAAAGUAAAGCAGGAAACAGAAGAAAAAGGAAGCAGUAUGACUGAUGGUGCUCCUCUAGUGAAGAUUAAACAGGCCUUAACAAAAUUGAGGCAAGAAACCAUUCAGAUGGACAUACAGAUUGGUGUGAUGGAACACACAUUGCUGCAGUCAAAGCUGAAAGAGAAAUCCAAUAUGACUAGAGAUAUGCAUGCAACAGUGACUCCAGAAGCUGCAGUAGGCACCUAUUAAAAUAGGUUGGACCUGACUUGGUUUGCCCAAAAUGCAGUUUUCUACCAUUUGUUUUUUUGUGAGUUCAGAGCUUUUGUUUAUGUUGUGGUAGGAGGAUGUUCUUUUUUCCUGUUCCUUUUGAACAAGAUGCUUGUUAAAAGAUGCACUUUUUAAUGAAGUAACUGUGCACACUUUAGACUCAAGAGGGAGCCAUGUUUAGUUUUGUGCUGUAAAGAUUUACUGCAUAUCUCUUCCAAAUAUACUAAUAAAUUCUUGUUAGUGAA